AUGUAUAAAAUUUCAAUUUUAAGUGUUACCUUCCCUAACAAUAAAAAUAAAUAAGAUAUUUAUUGUAAAUUGACAGAAGGGGAUUAAAUAUAUCAAACUAAAGUAGAUAUGGACACAAUCACUAUUGCAAAAUGGGAUCAGAAUUUCAAUGUCAAAUAAACAUAAUCAGAAAUCAUAUUUUCAAUCCAUCUUUGGAAAGGAGAAAAUAAAGAUUAAUUAAUAACAGAGACAAAGGUUAAAUGGGAAUAAUUAUUGUCUAUGUUAAAUACAACUUAAAGCUUAAAAUUUAAUUUAUGUGAAAUGAGUCUAAUUAUUGAAGAAGUUACAAUUACUUCAAAUGAAGCUUAAAUUAAAUAAUUUUAAAAGUAUCUGGGUGAUACUGGAUUAGAACAAUCUUUUAAAUUAAUAUUUGCAGAAAUUCUGAGCAAAAAAAUUGAUCGAUCUGAAGUAUUUACAUACACAGCUUUACGUUUAAGAUAGAUUGGAGAAGAUCUUAAAAUGUUCAUAAACAAUGUAAAUAUAUAAUUAUAAAUAAAGAAUCAUAAGAUGAGUUAGUUACUUAAUAAUAUAAGUGAAGUUCAAUAAGAUGAUGAACCAGAUCAAUUUUUAGAAAGUUAAGAUUAAUGA